AUGAAGUUCUCCGUCGCCAUCGUCACUCUUGCUUCCCUCGCGGCCGCCGUCCCGGCCCCCGUUGAGGUUCGCGCAGUUGACAUGGAAUCCACACAGUCCGGCGAAUGGCUCGCUUGCCUGAACCCCUGCGUCAGGGGCUGCCCCAAGGCUGGCUGGCUCUACCUGGCCUGUGUCGGCGCUUGCGAGGUCACCUGCGGUGCUAUUGCCAACCCCGGCGAUGUCAUCGACCUUGAUGGUCUCCGUGACCUCGGCGUUGAUGUUGACGCCGCUUAA